AUGCAUUGGGUCGCCGAGUCUGAGCCGGGCCUGGGGACAGGGCGGCAGGACCGAAGGAGGAGUCGGGGAGGCCCUCGGUCCACCUACGGCCGGGGGUGGGGCCCGCUCUCGGGGGCGGGGCCUUUGCGGCGAGGAAGCAAGGGCGGGGCCGCGGCUCGGGGGCGGGGACAUCCGGGGCGGGGAGGGGCCGGGCCGGGGCCGCGAGGCCCGCCCAGGGGGCGGAGACAGCCGAGGGGGCGGGCCCGGAGGCGCGGCGCCGUGACGCGCACGCCCCGCCCGCACGGCCCGAGCGCCGCGGCCGAGGCCGCCCUGGUCGCCGCGCGCUGCCCGCAGGUCCCAUUGAGAAGAGCCGAGCGGCGGCGGCGGCGGCGGCGGCGGCGGCGGCGGCGUCUGCGCCGGAGCGGAGGAGCCGGCAGCACCCCGCCGCCCGCCGCCCCCGGCGGUGCGCGCGGCCGCCCGGCAGGGCCGAGGCUCCGGCCUCCGCAGCGGCGCCGGGCCGGACGCGGCGGGCUGGGGGCGCGGGCCGGGGCGGCCGCGGAGCCCGGGGGCCGGGGGCAUGAGCCGCCCCGCGGCCCCGCCGCGCCCCCGCCGCCCGCCGCCGCCCGCCAGGGGCUAGAGGCGGCCGCCGGGAGGGCGCGCGGCGCCGGAGACAUGUCCAGGAGGAAACAGAGCAACCCCCGGCAGAUCAAGCGCUCCCUUGGAGACAUGGAGGCCGGAGAAGAGGCCCAGGCCGCGGACACCAGCCUCCCAGAGCGGGAGGCCACAGUGCCGGAGCCCGAACCCCCGAGCCCUUCCAGUCCAGACGCUAGUUCUCCACCCCCAUCACUGCCACCGCCCCCCACGCCCCCCGGAGCCCCCGAGGGGCCGGAGGGUCAGGAGCCAGAGACGAGGCUGGAGGCGGAGGAGGGCAGCAGCCCCUGGAGAGGGCCAGAUGAGCUGGAGCUGGAGCUGCAGGACGGGCAGCGGUGCGUGCGGGCUCGGUGCAGCCUGGCCGAGGGCCUGUCCUGGGGCCCCUUCCGUGGAAGCAUCCAGACCAGAGCCUCAUCCCCCGGGCAGGCGGAACCGAGCCCGGCCCUGACCCUGCUGCUGGAGGACAAGGCCUGCUGGCUCAGGACGCUGCCCCGGGCCCUGACCGAGGCCGAAGCCAACGCGGAGAUCUACCGGAAGGAUGAAGCCCUCUGGUGCAGGCUCACCAGGCCGGUGGCCGCGGGCGGACAGCUUAGCGUGCUCCUCGCAGCUGAGCCCCGCGGCGCCCCCAGCCGCCCUGUGAAGGAGGAGCCGGCGGAGCCCGAGGGCCCAGCGCCCUCCCACACCGACAUCCAGCUCCUGCCCCAGCAGGCGGGCAUGGCGUCCAUCCUCGCGACCGCGGUCAUCAACAAGGACGUCUUCCCCUGCAAGGACUGCGGCAUCUGGUACCGCAGCGAGCGGAACCUGCAAGCCCACCUCCUCUACUACUGCGCCAGCCGCCAGGGCACCGGCUCCCCCGCCGUGGCCGCCCCCGACGAGAAGCCCAAGGAGACCUACCCCAACGAGCGGGUGUGCCCCUUCCCCCAGUGUCGCAAAAGCUGCCCCAGCGCCAGCUCCCUGGAAAUCCACAUGCGCAGCCACAGCGGAGAGCGCCCCUUCGUGUGUCUCAUCUGCCUGUCCGCCUUCACCACCAAGGCCAACUGCGAGCGGCACCUCAAGGUGCACACAGACACGCUGACGGGUGUGUGCCACAGCUGCGGCUUCAUCUCCACCACAAGGGACAUCCUCUACAGCCACCUGGUGACCAACCACAUGGUCUGCCAGCCGGGCUCCAAGGCUGAGAUCUACUCGCCAGGGGCCGGGCACCCCACUGCCAAGCUCCCCGCAGACGGCCUGGCCAGCUUCCAGCAGCACGCGGCGCCACACGGCCCCCUGGCCUCUGCCGACCCGGGCCUGGCGCCCUCCCCGUCGCCGGGACCGGACAGGAAGGUCCUAGCCGAGGCCACCAACGGAGAGACCAGAGCGGGCGCCCAGAAUGGGGGCGGCGGCGAGCCCCCGGCGACCCCCAGGAGCAUCAAGGCGGAGGAGCCCGAGGCGGAGCCAGGGCCGCCGGCCCCGUCGCGGACGCCGUCCCCGCCCAGCCCCGGCCCCGUGCGCGUGAAGGCGGAGCUGUCCAGCCCCACGCCCGGCUCCAGCCCGGGGCCCGGCGCGCGCUUCCUGCCGCAGGCGCCCGCGCCGCCGCCGCCGCCGGCCUCCGAGAUUCUGGCCAAGAUGUCCGAGCUGGUGCACGGCCGGCUGCGGGCGGGCGCGGGGGCGCCGGCCGGCCUCUUCGCGGGGGCCCCCCCGGGCGCCACGUGCUUCGAGUGCGACAUCACCUUCAGCAACCUCAGCAACUUCUACGUGCACAAGCGCCUCUACUGCUCCGGCCGCCGCGCGCCCGACGACGCGCCGCCCGCCCGCCGGCCCAGGGCGGCCCCCGCCCCGCCGCGCGCGCCGCCCGCCGAGGCCGACGCGCCGCGCUCGCCGCCGGGCCCCGGGGCGCGCGGGGAGGAGGCGGCCGGCGCCGCCACGCCCGAGGCCCAGGCCCAGGCCCAGGCCGACGCGGGCGGCCGCGGCAGCGAGGGCAGCCCGAGCCCGAGCCCGGGCAGCGGGGCGGACGAGGACGACGACCCCCGCCGGACGCUGUGCGAGGCCUGCAACAUCCGCUUCAGCCGCCGCGAGACCUACACGGUGCACAAGCGCUACUACUGCGCCUCCCGCCACGACCCGCCGCCGCGCCGGCCCGCGCCCGCCGGGGCCCCCGGGACCCCCGCGCCCGCCGCGCCGCCGCCGGCGCGCACGCGCAGACGCCGCCGGCUCUACGAGCUGCGCGCGGCCGGCCCCGCCCCCGCGCCGGCCGGCCCCGCCCCCGCGCCCCCGCCCGCGGCCGGCCCCGCCCCCACGCCGCCCGCGUCGCCGGCGCCGCGGCCCGGAAGCGCAGGCGGAGGCGGAAGCGCGGGCGGGGACGGCGCGGACCCGGCCGAGGGCCCCAUCGACCUGAGCAAGAAGCCGCGGCGGCAGCCCCCGCGCGCCGCGCCCGGCCUGGCCGCCCUGGCCGACUACCACGAGUGCACGGCCUGCCGCGUGAGCUUCCACAGCCUCGACGCCUACCUGGCGCACAAGAAGUUCUCGUGCCCCGCCGCGCCCCGCCGCGCGCGCGCCGCCCCCGAGGACGCGCCCGCCGUGGUCUGCCCCUACUGCCCGCCCAACGGCCUGGUGCGCGGCGACCUCAUGGAGCACUUCCGCCGGGCGCACGGCCCGCCGCCGGCCCGGCCCCCCGCCGAGGCCCGGACGCCCUCGCCCGCCGCGCCCCGCGACGGCCUCGACGGCCGGGACCCGCGCGAGCCGCGCGCCGGCAGCCCCCGGCCCGGCCCGCCGCCCUCGGACCCGGGCGCGCCGGCCCCCGCGGCCAGCGGCGGCCACAGGUUCUGCCGCCUGUGCAACAUCCGCUUCAGCAGCCUGUCCACCUUCAUCGCCCACAAGAAGUACUACUGCUCCUCGCACGCGGCCGAGCACGUGAAGUGACCGCCGGCGGGGGCCCGGGCCCGGCGCGCCCGCACCUGGGCACUUAAUAAAGGAGUUGGGUG